AUGGAUCUUGCGAUCACACUAGUCAAGUCGGUCAUGCGGGCCUUCUACCAGACCCGCGAAAUACUCGUCAUCGACGCGCUUAUACUACAUGAAGCACUUCGAGACGAUGAUUUGGCAUACCUGAUGUCUAUCAACACAAAGGACCUCCACAAAAUUUGCGGUAAACUACGCGAAGAUAGAUUCUUGGUCGUGCAUACACGAUCCGAGUUACGAGAAGGCAACCCCCGACCGAGCAACCGAACAUGGUACUAUAUUGAUUACCGCAGCACAAUCGACGCAAUAAAAUGGCGUGUCUAUACCAUCGACAAAGAAGUGCAGGGAACCACCCAAGUGACGAGCGAAAAGAAAGAGUACUUUUGCUCCCACUGCAAAGCAGAGUGGACAGCCAUGGAGGUCUUGGACAACGCCGGCCCGCAUGGAUUCCUAUGCCAUCGAUGCUCUCAUGUUCUCACCUUUGAAGCCGAUCGAACAUCCACUGGACACGAGCAGUCUACGCGACUCAACGACCAAUUCAAAUUCAUAAGCGAACUUCUACCCAAAAUCGAUGCCGUGCACAUCAACGAAUGCGACUUUGAUCGUGCGCUUGCCAAAGCUCGCCCAGUCAAGCGCGACGAGACACACCAACGGGCCCAAACAAUUGCAGCAGAUGCCGGCGCGAACCGGCCCAUGGCAGUCAAGGGCUUGGCCAACACAGGGCCGCAAUCUAUCGCAGUCAACAUUUCAACAUCCGAUGGACUCACAGAAGCCGAGAAAGCAGCAGAGCAGGCGCGAAAAGAACAAAUUGCGAAACAAAAUGCGUUGCCAUCAUGGAUGUCCAACAGCACGGUUACUGGCGAAUCUUUCUCAGCAAGCGCUACUACUCCUGGCACCCCAGCUAUUAUUAAGAAAGAGGGCAAGGAUUCAGGAUCUGCACCGGCUGCUGCUGCCAACGCCCAAAUAGACGAUAUUUUCGAAAUGAUCAAGGCUGAACAAGCGGCCAAACAAGCCCAGGUAGAGUCAGAGGAAGACGAUGAUGAAGAAGAAGAUGAGUUCGAGGACGUGCCUGCGAAGCGAGUGAAGAUCGAACACGAGGUGAAGAAGGAAGAAGACGAUGGAGAGGAUAGCGAUGAGAUCGAGUUUGAAGACGUUUAG